GCCAGACGUGCACUUGUCACUUACCCACCCUACCCUGAAAUAGUCAUACUUGACGGUGACUCGAACGUUCCGAGAAUUCAGUUGUCAGAGCGUUUCGCUUUGUGAGUUUGUCGAUGCUGUAAAUCAAAUGCUAAAUAUCCACCUGCAGUCUUCGUGUUUUGCUUGGAAGGUUAAGUUCCACUCCAAAAGACAAUUGUCAUAAGGGCCAUUUACACAAUUCAUCUACGUAGUAUCUAACACCAGCGAGGAGACUGGAAAUUCGAUAUGUUUUGCAAGGGGUGCCGACAAGAGAAGUUAAGACGAGAAUUUCCUUUUGAAACUUUGACUGAGGAAUGUGAUCAUGCACCACUACACUGUCUUAGGUGUGUGACGCACUCUGUAAAAAAUGCAAGUAAGUGUCCGCAGUGUUCUCAAGAUGUUGCUGCGGACAAUCCACGUUAUUGUGAGUUCGUGGAGACUCUUGAACGGCUCUUCCCAGACUCUCCGCAUUUGUUGCUUGAGACGACAUACGAUGCCUCGCAGGAAACUAACCUAACAAUUUCGAUAGUUAUGCUUGGAGGGGAUUGCACAGUUUUGCAGUAUCACCCUGACAUGACUGUGAGAGAUCUGAAGAUUUCUGUGGGAAAGCGACUUGGUUAUUUACCUGAGAAACAGCGACUUCUAUACAAGGAUAUGGAGUUAAAGAGUUGUGCAAACUCAAGACUCCUGACGCUCGAAGACUACAAUGUUGAACCCUUUAGUACCCUGUACCUUAUCAUUUUACUGUAUGCCAUCCCAGAUGCUCUAAAUGAAGUUGUUUUUGACCUGUUCUGGGGCUAUCCUCCAAGCAGGUGCGAUUUUCUGGAUGCAUCAGUUCUUAUAUACAACAGAUCAUCUCUACAAGGCAUAGUCGAUUUUAGUCGCCGUAGCUUUGUAGGUGUUGCACACUCUGGUGAUGUCAUGGAUCACGUAAAACGCAUUGGUCACCAUACUAUAAAUGUAAAGCUUAAGGAUUUUCCUAGUAACAUUGACAAGUUAUUUUUCACCCUGAGUGCAUGGAAUUCCCCAAACAUUUCCAGUUAUCUAAAUCCCAGUCUACGCUUUUUUGACGCUAAGAAGCCCAACAAACAGCUGUGUAGUGACCAGAUGGAACAUGCCGCUUAUUCCCAGGCCAUCAUCAUGUGCAGUUUGUCUAAGAUUGACGGAGUAUGGAAUGUUUUCAGUCUGCGCACACUGUCCGCUGGAAAUGCAAAAAAUUAUUUGCCACUUCAGCAGACAAUUGGUGGCAUAAUAACUCAAGGAUUGUGUUAAAUGUCUCCGCAAAGCUUUUACAAGCUUGAGUGAUCAUUCAAGCUGAAACUAAUACGAUUGACAGUAAUAAACUAGUGCACGACAAAACCCGUAAUAUGUCCUCAUAAGGGACAAGCCGUAGUGUGCAUAUCAAACGGUCUCAAAGAAGAAAGAAAACAAUUCAUUGAUUUGUGUUUUUAUCAAUACAAAGAUUGAGCAGAGAUGAUUGUGAGAAUUUGAGCUGGAGAGAAUCUUUAAGUUUGCGACCUAUCUAGUUGGACUGCAUAUUGCAUCGCUCCCAUGAAAAGUUAGUUGGUAUUACCUUUACGUUUUGUGUUAGCAAGAUUCUCACUCAUGAGUUCAAGUUUCUUUUGUUCAUAUUAGGCGGGUUAACUGUAGAGAAAAUCUAGAGAACAUCAACAGAGAAAAUGUAAUAGCUAUUGGUCGGAACGUAUAUAUAUAUGCACUAUUCUGUUUAACUGUAUAGACUAUUCUGUGUUUAAAUAAACAUUUGCAGAUAUGA